AUGAUGAAAAGAGGAAUUGAAUCAGACAGAAACCAGGACUGUACAGUAUAUGUCGGUAACUUGGAUGAAAAAGUCCAUGAUGGAUUACUAUACGAACUUUUCAUACAGAUUGCACCAAUUAAAAACAUACAUCUUCCAAAAGAUAGAAUAUUAAGAACUCAUCAAGGUUAUGGAUUUGUUGAGUUUAAAAAUGUAAAAGAUACAGAAUAUGCAGAAAAAAUCAUGAAUGGUAUAAAAUUGUAUGGAAAAAACUUAAGAGUUAAUAGAGCUUCGAAUAAUGCUUCAAAUAAUGAUAAAUUAGAUACUGGUGCUACAUUAUUUAUAAAGAAUUUAGAUGAUUUGGUAGAUGAAAACCUAUUACAAACUAUUUUUAAACAAUUUGGUGUUUUUUUCAAACCACCAGUGAUAUCAAGAGAUGAACAAGGAAAUUCAAAACAUCAUGGAUUCAUAUAUUAUAAAACUUUUAAAGAUUCUGAUAAUGCUAUAGCUAAAAUGAAUAAUCAAAUGAUUUUAAAUAAAAAAGUUCAAAUUGAUUAUGCAUUGAAAAAGAAGAAUGGUAAAGCUGUAAAACAUGGUGAUCAAGUAGAAAGAUUAUUAUUGAAUGAAGCGGAAAAGAAUAAUUACAAUAUAUAA